GCUUGAGAGGUUUCAGGAGUCUGUAGGCAGCAUGCGAUGAACUCCAUGUUGCUGUAUUCAGUGUUCAACAGAUGAUGGGACUUUACUUUCUGUACAGACUCACAGUCUCUGUUGUUUUACUCUGCAAUACACCAGCAGGGGGCUAUGUAUAUCAGAUGAUAUAUGACUGUGAGUAUGGCGACAACAUCACUGACGUGGUCUUCUUAGUGAAAAACCUUUUUAACCGGAAGAUUGUCACCCUGUAUGACUCUCGGGUCGGGAAGUACGUUGGCUUUGGAGAAUACGGCAUGAGGAACGCGGCCCAUUAUAACAGCCAGGCUUGGAAAAUGGAAGAAAGAAAAAGACAAGUGGAGACUCUCUGCAGAUACGACGCAAGAUUAUUCAGAAGGAGCACACUGGAUAGAUUGGUGCCUCCGGUCGUCAAGGUCCAUCCAGCCGAGCCGGCUGACUACGGGAAGAGAACCAUGCUGGAGUGCAGCGUUGUGGGCUUUUUCCCCCAGGAAGUGAGGGUGAGCUGGCUGAGAGACGGGGCAGAGGUCAACACCGAUGUGUUGUCCACGGACAUCCUGGCCGACGGGGACUGGAGCUUCCAGCUUCACUCUUACCUGGAGCUCACACCCAGAAGAGGGGAGAGGGUGAGCUGCAGGGUGGACCACAGCAGCCUGAGGAAGAGCCUGGAGGUGGACUGGGACACCUCUUCACUGGAUGCUAAAUACCUGAAGAUGACUGUGGGGAUCAUCUUCUUCUUCCUCGGCUUCACUGCAGCCGCUGGUGGAGCAGCUUACUACUGGUGGAAACAGAGGUUUGACUUCAGUCCAUUAGGCAGUCAAGGACACACAUCUCCACGGCAUCCCUCAGAAUUAUUGAUUUUCUAACAGAAUAAGACAUAAUAAAGCUCAGAUAAGAGCCAUGUUUUCUUAAAAAAAAGUAUCGCCCACAAAACAGAAAAUCAUCCCUUUCAACAUGCAUGACGGAGAAAAACGGCAUUGUGGGAAGAUGAAAUGCUGUCAGUUUGUUAUGGAACCGUCCCCGCUGACAUGGCAGAGCCUCUCCUUUAUCAUUUUUGUCAACCAAGGACUCAACUGACAUGUUAUCCUUCAAAAAAGAAAGUGCAAUGAAUAGUUCCAACGUUGUGUUAUGAUCAUUUUGUAGGAUUAAGGUGUCCGACCUGUCACUUACAAUGACUGUCUCACACAUAAGACUCAUGUGUGUGGUCUAUAUGAUCUAUAUGUCUAUUACAGAACAAAGUAUUUUAUUAAUCCCAUAAGAUACGUAAAAAAAUGAAAUGUUUUUUUGAAAACUCAAUUUAAACUCAACAGAACACAGACAGACAGAGCAGGUAUUUAAAGGUGUCGAUUCAGAACUGUACACAGAAUCAUUUCUGGACCUACUGGUUGUGUAACAAGUUACUGUUUGCUAACAAGUGCACCAUAUCACCCUUCAAGGUGUUACUGCUGCCCCCAAGCUACCCAAGAAGUAGAUCAUUGUCAGAAAACCUAGGGCAUGCAGUGGCAGCUGUGACCCUGUUUGUAUUCUGUAUGUUGAUGUAUUUACAGUGGCAUGUACAGUUAUACUACAAAACGCAAAAACUUACACUGGAAUUCAUCCGGUCUGUAAAAAUGUUUUGUCAGCCUAACAUCCUUGCUAAUAAUUGUCCUGCUAUGCAUGUAGAUAAUGUCAGAGAAUGUGUACAGAUAUCAUGUCGGCCUAUGAAGAUGUAUGGAUCCAGUAAUGACACCAUAAUCCGAGUAUUAGGCUGUUUUCCUCAAUUCAGUAUAUAUUGACUUUCUCAGUCCACAGUGAUACGGUGUGAUGUCCGCCCUUUCUGUCACAGUGAGACAAA